GGGGUGUGCCCGCAGCGCGCAAGGUGUCGGCCGCGGUGUUCGUGGGUACGUCGGGCCUGCAACUCUUUUCGCUUUACACGCCUGAUUCUUCGCCGUACCAAAUUGAUAAAUGAGAAUCACAUCUCUCAAACGGAUUUCUUUCCAGUUUGUGGGCGCACGCUCUGUACUGCUUCCCUGUAAAGCUAGAAACAAGGGACAGGACGCAUUUGCCCCCACUCAACUGGUGUCGCACCCAGUCCAAGUCUGCUGCGCGCGGAGACUGGACGAUGCUUUUUCCCCUUCUGCGUUUUCUGUUGAACGCAGUGUUUUUGUGUCGUGUCUUCAAGCAAGCUCUCGUUAGAAAAGUCCUGUUCCCGGGGUGAGGGGUUUUUCUUGCUCGGAAGGCGCUGGAGGGAAGCCGGAAGCCGCGAUUCGCCACAUCAGCAGCCGGCGCGGAACUGGCGGGACACUCUUGUGUCAACUCUCUAUCCCUUCGCAUUUUCUCCUCCCACGACGAUGUUUGCGUGUCCAGUGUCGUUCCGUGCGGUCAUUGCGUGAGAAGAAACGAAAGAAAUUCCCGUGAACGUAAACACGCGUUUUCCAUAGAAGUUGAACAUCGGGGUUUGCCGUGCGCUUCGCAGGCAUUGCGUCCAGGUCGAUGGAGGAAACGCGUUUUUGGGUAUCGAAAGGAAAGCUGCGUUCCGGUGGAUUCCCCGGUGAUUCUUGUUGUCCUUUCGAGUAGGCCGUGUCAAGGCUAUCGCUUUCGCCUUUGUCGGCCGAGACACCCGGUGCGUUGCGUUCCACAGCGGCUCGAGUCCGCGCGCGCUUCCUCGCUCCUUUUUCCCGUCGUUGCGGGUAUUUCCGCACGCGUUUUUUGUCUCUACAGAGCUUCGCUUCUCCCACUUGACUUUCGGCGCCUUUUCGAGAGGCCGAAAUUCUUCUUCUCUGCAUUCCACGCUACUGAAACCUUUUUUCUUCGCCAGUCUCUCUGGCCAAUCUCCCGCGUUGUCUCCCGCCCGCCUCGCGUGUGUCUCCGUCGCGCUUCACGCCUUCCUUCCUUCACUUUCCCGAUUUCUGGCUAAUUCGCGCGCCAGACGUUUGUCGCCUCUGUGAGCAACCCCCGCUGCGUCUCCGCUUGCGGGCAACGCGUACAUGCUUUACGAGGUUCUCGACCCUUUAUCUCCUUCCAACCCGGAGACUGUGGCCUUUCUCGGCUUUUCCAUUGCAUUUUGCCUCCAGAAACGUCUGUCUUUGCUUCUACAAGCCUCUUCUCGCCCCCUUCGUGCUGGGGAUUGCCUCUUUGGGGCUACUCACUUUGUCAUCGACCUCCUCGUCACCUGUUUCGUGCCAUCGGUGUCGCGUCAAAGCCUCUCUCUCUCCGUCGCGCCACAAACGCGUCAAAAAUGUCUUUCGCUUGAACAGGCGGAGUGUCGCCGGGCUGCUGCCAACACAGUUUGCUACCGCAUUGCUUCUGAAGCCGUCCGUCAACGUCUCCGUUCUCGCCGUCUCCAGCGCUCCCGCGUCCGGCCGUCUCUUCGUCGCCCACCACGAUGAAGCUCGCCAGGAGUCAGCAGCGUCCCGGGAUCUCUGGAGACGCGGGAGGUGCGGAAGAGCCUCUGUCGGACCCUCUGAAUGGCUUGUCUCCCUCCGUCGCUUCUCACCCUGCUUGUGGGCGCUUUGUCUCCGUGAGAGCCCUCCACAAGUCAAGCCGGUCUGCAGGCGGAGGCGCGGACCUCCCCGCGACGUCCUCGUCUUCUGCCCCAGAGUCGCCUUCCGCCUCCCGGCCACUGUCGCGCCUCUCUUCGGGUGUCGGUACACUGUGUGGUACUCGACGUGGGCAGGACAGCCGCUUUGGCGGCUCCGGUGUUCUUACCAGAGUUAUGUCGCUGCUUCGCUCCUCCGGGCGAAUCGCCGCUCGCAAAAGACAGCCACAAAGUACCACGGAUCUCUCGUUCUCUGUCAGGCCUUCUCCUGGCGGCAGUUCAGACUCCGCAGAGGAGGGAGACACCCGUCAGAAGAGCAGAGAAGCCGCGGAGGAGUCAUCAGAAGUGGGUGGAGGAAGCCGCAGCGUGAUGCAUUGGAAAACGCCGGCCUCUUCCUCUGUCCUGGAGCGACCUUCUUCUCCUACUUCUUCUUGUACUUCUUUUCCAUCCUCUUCUCCUUCUUCUCCUUCUUCUUCCGUCCCCUUCGUGUCGUGGCGAGGCCGUCUCAGGAACGCAACGGCGGAGAGGCUGCGAAGUUUGAAGCGUCCCGAGGGCGACGAGGCGCUUGAGACGAGCACGAGCGGAUGGAGUUUGAAGUUCAAAACGGCUGCCCCGGAGAGCCGCCAAUCUUCGCUUUCUUCUUCUCGGGUGGCAGUUGCUCACCAAGUAUCUCUGCCCUUCACUGUUCCCUCAGGUGAGGCCUCUACCCGCGGACAGAGGACAUGUCCGGGAGGCGACUCGGAAGCGAAGAACGUCGGGGCGAGCUCGUUUCCUGCACCUUCUCGAGAGACGCGCAGAGAACGCGAGAACGAAGAGAGAGACGAGCCGGAAGGUCAGGGUGAAGGAUCCGGCGAAGCAGCGACUUCAACCGAAGACGAACGCCUGGGUAUCUCCAGAAGGUGUCGUAUUGCGCAUGCGUCCGCCGAUCAAGAGAGGGAAGCUGGAGACAGGGAAGGAGAGACGGACAGAGGAAGAGAAGACGAGGAAGGAGUCAACAGCGAAGAGAGCAGUGAAGACGAAAGUCAAGAUGAGAGUGAAGAAGACAGCAUGCAGGGUCUGCUUAACGAGCGUUGCUCGUUUUCAAUUCUUUCGGCGACUCCUUGUCGCUCUUCGGUUCUGUCUUUUGUCGAGUCGUCAGCGUCGCCCGUUGCCCUCGAGGAGGGACGCGAGAGAGCAGCGCUGAUUCCCGCACUCCUUCCGUCAGCGGAGGAAGGAGACGCUGAAAGCUUCAGAAACCGUGGGGGAGACGGAGAAUACCGGGAGGCGGCGAACGACAGCUCCGAGAGGCUCCAGAGCCCAAGGGUGCCUCAGACUGACUUUCCGCGUCCAGCGGCUUCUGACUUGUCGCUCUCUUCCUGCGAUCCGCAGAACCCUCUGGCGGCGGAGAAUGCCUUCUGUCGAGAGAGACCUCGCCUGCGUUCGUCCACUGUCGCGUCGACCCCUGAAAACUUUGAGGCGGCCGCUCUCUCCUCCUUCGACGAAUCGAGCGAGGUUCCGGGAGAAGGCGCUCUGCCGGCGCUCUGUCCGUCGCCGCACGGCUCUCCAGGACCGUCGCUCUCUCCAGAACCGUCGCUCUCUCCAGAACCAUCUCUUCCUCCAGAAUCGUCUCUUCCUCCAGAAUCGUCUCUUCCUCCAGAACCGUCUCUUCCUCCAGAACCGUCUCUUCCUCAAGAACCGUCGCUCUCUCAAGAGACAGCGGCCGACGUCUCUUCGCCCGUGUUGUCUGCGUCAGCGCCUUUGGCUUCAAGUGCAGAUUUGCUUUCUUUCCUGCGUCCCGAAUUCGAAGGGGCUCAGUCGACCGUCUCGCGUCCGGCGCGCGAACUGACUCGGGGGAUGCGAGCGUCUCCACGCGCGCCCGGUGUCUUGCCAGAGCCUACACAUCCACCGGCUGGAACUGCGGCGGGACUGGGACUGGAGUCUUCGCUCGCCGCGUCGCCUGAGAGGCGAGAAGCUGACUCGGUUCCGCGUCGACGCACAGGAAGGAGAGCAGUGGUCGUCCACGACGGCCUGAGCUCCGAGCGUCGCCAGCGAAGAAGCGUGGAGGUGUCGCGUCUCUUCUCCGCCAUCGGGGACCUCGUGGCAGAGGCCCACGAAGAAGGCGAACGCAGCGUUCGCGAACGAGGACAGAGAGAGGCCGCGCGACGAGCAGAUGCAACGCAGGAGACAGAGUCCACGCAGGGCGAAGCGGAACGCGCACAGGAGACAGAUGCAAUCGCGGAGACACGAGAGACAGCAGAGGCCUCCAGUUCGUCGCCUGUUGACCUGGAGGCGGUCCUGACUGUCCUCGCCCCCACAGAGCUCCACAGGGCUGCGGCAGCCGCUGCGGCGCGAGCGCUGGAAGAAGGAGCUGUCGAGCUCCCCGCCUUCUCCGCUCGAGGUCUGUCGGGGACGGAGAGAGACGCAGAUUCGCUCUGGACUGUUUCGCAGAGCGUCGAGAUCCUCUGGGCGGCGACCAAAGCCAAGCGCCGCAGAGAAUGCGUGCAGCGGGGGUUCUUGAAGAGCCUCGAGGCCGUGCACGAGCCGUUCACUUGCCCAGUUUGCCUCGAGACCUUCAUGCCCGCCGAGGCCCAGGGUCGAGGCGCCGGGGAGGAGAGGGGCGGGGAGAAGAGCAGGGCGACGGAAGCUGCCAGUGUACAAGAUAGGACCGGAACGGCAGAAGUGGAGGAGAAGGAAGGAAGUACAGAGAGCUCUGUGGACAGAAUGGUGGUGAGGAACGGAGAAAGUGAGAGACGCGGAGGGGAAGAGGACGCGAGGACGCGGGAAGAGGUGAGGGACGUCGGGGGGUUAGGAGAGACUGUGCAGACCGCGUCCGCUGACGUCUGCAUCGCGGGCAGAGGAGAGGCGCGAAGAAACGAGGCAGGACGAGACAAUGCAUGUGAGCGGUUUCUUCAGAGAGGAGCCGUUGAAGUCCACGACGUUUCAGCAUGGACAGCUCCAGUCCGGCCGACCCCGAGGCUCAGCUCUGAGGUGGCGAGACACCGGAGCACCGCGACCGCGCGCGAGAGUCUCGAAGAGAGCGUCGGCGGAGAGCCAAGAGUGGAUGUCGCGUCGGCGCGCCUCGCGCGAACCGAGGAGACAGGGUCCGCCAGAGAAGACGCUGGCGACGAAGCUUCGGUGCCGACCGAACGCCCAGCCGCGAGGCCGCUCCGGAGCACUGGCGCCCUUGCCCCACCGGGCAGCCGGCCAGUUGAUCGUCGACGAGUCUCCGUGCAGAGCGUCGCGGCGGGGAGCGAAGAAGGAGAAGACGCGGAGACUGCACUGCCCGAUAUUGUCUCCUUGACCGGACGGUGCCGCCACGAGGUCUGCUCGUCUUGCGCUGGCGAGUGGAUGAGGCAUCAACUCCUCAGCAGUGUGGCGCCCGCCACGUGCCCGGUGUGUCGCGCGGGAUACCUCGACGAGAGCGUCGUGCGCUUCCUCUCCGCGACGCUCGGCGAGUGGCUGCGGUACGAAGACCUCGUUCACUCGAACGGCAGCCUCUCUUCUCUCCUCUCCUCCACCCUUCUCCAGUCUGCCUCGGAGGCGCGGAGAGAACGCGAGGCGCAAGAGCCGGAAGAAGCACACGAACGGCGAGAGCGAGAAGAAGCCGAGAGGGGAGAACGAGAGGAGGAAGGUGGUGGAGUUCUUCGUCGACGCAGAGAGUCGGUGGAUGACUUGCUGAGGCUUCUCCUCCCGCCAGGCCAUGCAGAGAGACAGCAAGAGAGGCAGCAGGCCUUGCUCGAGGAGGACAUGUCUGUACACGGCUUCCGCAGAUGUCCAGGCUGCGGCAUCGCCAUUCAGCGCGUCGGUUCCCUCGACGAUGUCGUUUGCAGGUGCGGCUGUCGCUUCUGCUACGCAUGUGGAGAGCCGCUCUCCUCACAGUCCUUCUGGACUCUGUUCCAACACAGACGCGGGUGCCGGAACGCCUCCUUCGCCCUAGGAUCUCCCGCGCUCGUGCGCGCCCCCCACAACCGAGCUUCGUUUUCUUACUCGCCUUCGUAUUCUUCGUCGUCGGCGGCGUCUAGGGAGACAGUGGACGCUUCGUCCUUCGUCCGAGAAGGAGGAGGUGCUCGGGGCGACGCGCCUGCUGCCUCGGCGAGCUUCGCCGCAAGCUUGGCAUCGCUCUGGAGAGGCAGGGAGAUCAACGGAGGCACUCUAUUUGGCAGGUUGAUGUGAAAUAAGAAGCAGGCGACAAGGCGAGAGAGGAAGAGAAAGGAGACGACAGAGGAACCGAGACCAAAGCAGGGCAAAAGGGAGUGGAAGAAUCGGGAACACCGGGAGUCUCGCUUCAGAAAGGAAGAGAGGGGCGCCGCGAAAAGACAAAGAAAGAAAGGGCAAGGGGAAGAGGAGGGACCCAGAAAAAGAGGAGACAGAGAAGAAGGAACGCUUUGGGGGAGAAGGGGAAAAGACAGCAGCGGCGAAACAAGAGAGAAGCAGAGAGACACGACAGAGGCCAGCGAGGAGAAAGUCACAACGGAUCGGAGCACGAGACGACGAACAGCCUUUUGUUCGUUUGCCGGACGCACAUGCACAGCCUCGCACUUUCGUCAUGUCUUCGUAAAAAACAAACGUGUCUCUGUCGACGGAAGAUUCGUUUCAUCUUCUCCGUCCCUCUGCUGCCGGUAUUUUCUUCGAUCUCUGAGCACGGUCUCUGUUUCCUCGCUUUUUUUCGUUCGUUCUCUCUUUUCCUCACUCUCUCCUCUUGUGCCUUCUUCGCCUGUAGACCCUCUCGUUUUUCGUCUGCACCGCACCCCCCUGAUGUGUGACUGCCCUUGAAGAAAACAGAAUACGGAGCGCCGAGUGCAGACUCGUCGGCUGCAGGCAGACCUGGCGGCAGCGGCUGCUUGUGCUUGUCUCGGAGCCUUUUGCGCGUUUGGCGUUUCAGGAAAAAAGGCUGAAAUUGAACUUGCGAGUUGCGAUUUACAGUGUCAUAUCGUUUGUGCGGAUCUUUUCUUCGCUCCUUUUUUCGCCUACUUCGAGUUCGAGGUUGCUUCAUCAAGGAUGUUUUCGAGAGCGGAGGAAGAUUUGAUAGACUUUGGGCGCCCUCCCGCGUGUCUCCCAAGGUGCCUGUGUCGUUGUUGUCUGUUGUGCUCUUUCUCCUGUUUUCGAGUUUUCUGCUUUUCAUUCCUUUGUCAGUUAAACGCUGCAGUCUCUUCCCAGAGAGGUCGGUUCACCGCGAGUCUCCUGCAGCGGAUAUUUCCUGCCUCUCCGCCUCGCUGCCUCUAACUGCUGCUGGGGUGUAGAUCCACCGCGCGCGAGUGUCAACGCGAACGACGUCGCGGAACUGCCGAGGCGAUUUUGCACGCGCCGGUCUGCGGGAGUUCUUGCAGGGUGGGGAAGGCCUUUUUUCGGAGGCGCUCGCGCCAUGCGCCCUGCCCGAGACACAGAGGCCGCAGCAGCCGCCGUUGGUGCGCAUUCUCACCUCGUUCAAAGCGCGCUCGUUCAGGGCAACCUCGACACGGGAGCAUUAGGAACGCAAAGGGCAGAGGUCGACCUCGCUCGAGGAGACUCGAGUCGGAGAAACUGCGUCGUCUUCUCUCCGUUGUGGGGGAGCAAAGACGAGGCAUGGUCAGUGGAAGUUCUCGGGAGUCGGAUGCGUCUGUUUCUCCAGGUGUAUAUACACCUGCCCGAGCACGUCAGAAACGAACAAACCGCUUUUGUGUGCGAAACAAGAAUCCGAUGCGUCGACACGUUGAACGGAGAAUAGGAAAAAUCUAUUUUCGGACCACCGUAUCUUGCCGGUCCGGAAGUCCUUUUCCAGGAGCUGACGCUCUCUUGCGUAUGCACGCGAACGCGGAGGAGACUGCUACAGUGGGCAUCGUGAUAUUUGUCGCGUCAAGUUCACGUAGAACCAGCAAGUGGAUAUGUCGUGUUGUGUUUCGAGUGUUUGUGUCAUACCUUUGUCAAGUAAAUGUAGAGAGCGUUCAUGUGUCACUUCAGUGCGUGGUUUCGACGUAAAGUCAACUUGGCUAUCUCUCUGAGAGGAACAAUGAUGAAGACUUAGGGCCGUCCAGGUUGAAAGGGAAGAUUGUUCUGCGUAGAUCUCUCGAGUUUUUCAAUUUACCGGCACUGUUUAUGCAGUUAAACGCCCUCAUACCGAGAUCAACGUGUUGCCAAGUCUCCCCCCGAGCAUGCAGAGUGUCCUAGGUAACUCCCUGAUGCGGAUCGUGUCUAAGGCCUCGCGAGCUCUCUCUCUCUGCCGCCGCUUGUGCAGUGCGCGAUGGUGCGCGCUGUCGAGGUGAAAGGCGUCACCAUUUUAUUGAACUUCUUUGACGAUUCUCGUUGCUCGACGUCCAGAUGGCAAUCCUGCAAAAGGUUGUGAAGUUCUGCUCGAAUGCCUCGGCGUCAAACAGAAGCGCGGACUCUUUCAGGUCGGUCGGGAAACUUCGUGGGAUCACCGAGUGAAACCCGAGGAAAGAGAGCUUUUGUUUUUUCGUCAGAGCUUUUCAGCUGUCCCCCGAGACUGCAGUUUUGCGCGAGAGAAGUGUAUGGCUCUCGUUCGCCUUCUCCCCGAACUCGCUUCACGAACGAGAAUCAACAAAGCAGUCACCUGCGUGAGAGACGCGCAAACGAACGCACCGUGCGCCCGUCUCCAUCGAAAGACAUGCCGUUGCUGCUGUCGCUUCUGCUUUUAAAAAAACUCAGAAUCGGUUCGUUUCUCUCGCGAGCUAAGGGCGCAGGAUGCAGCGUCACUUGCAGAAAGUUACGCAAGAUGUGACCUAACUGUUG